AUGGAUAAUAUGACUUAUUUUACUUAUACACUAUUGGAACCAACCGGCUCUAAAUCUUUCAGGCAUAUAUAUUUCACAUGCUUUUUAUUUCUCUACAUUCUAAUAUUGUUUGUUAACAUUUGGGUCAGUGUUGUUAUUAUUUUGGAGAGAGCUCUUCAUCAACCAAUGUACAUUUUUCUCUGCAAUCUGUGUAUAAAUGAUAUACUUGGAGCCACAGGAUUCUAUCCUAAAUUCCUGCAUGAUUUAAUAUUGGAUUCAUAUGUGAUUCCUUCUUACAUGUGUGCCUUACAAGCUUUUGUAAUCUACUCUUCUGUUACGUGUGACUGUUCUACACUAACUGUGAUGGCGUAUGACAGAAACGUCGCCAUAUGCAAACCUUUGAUCUAUCAUACAAAGCUGAACAAAUUUUCAUGUGGCAUAUUAAUAAGCUUAUGUUGGAUCCCAUCUUUUAUUUUUAUGACAAUUGCUGUUGUGUUGUCAAAUCGGUUGAAAUUGUGUAACUAUCACAUAGAUAAAUUAUAUUGUGACAACUGGUCAAUGGUAAAGCUCUCAUGUGAAUCAACUGCUGCCAACAACAUUUAUGGACUUAUUGUUAUUUCAUUUUAUUUGGGCAUGUCUAUUUUUAUUAUCGUGUCAUAUAUUAGACUUAUCAUUGCGUGUAAGGCAUCAUUAGAGAGUAGAAGGAAUUUUUGGCAGACGUGUGUCCCUCAUAUUAUUACGAUGAUAAAUUUUGCUGUUGCUGCUUUUUUUGACACCAUGCACACUCGAUAUGGCUCAAGCAAUAUCUCACCGAUUUUGCGGGACUUUUUGGCCUUGGAGAUGUUCAUCGUGCCGCCCCUUUUCAAUCCUGUUGUCUACGGCUUCAAACUCAAAGAGGUCCGUAAAAGGUUAUUGAAAUCAUGUGUUAACAUCAUGAAACAGUAA